AUGUCCCUGGAGGAAAUGAAAGAUCUUCAGCUGGUGGGAAAAUACAUACAACCAGAAACCAAGGAAGUGAAUGGAAUCCUUGUGACCAAGAUGAUGAGUGAAAAUUGGGACAACAUCUGGAAUUUCCAAGCAAGACCUGAUGAUCUCCUCAUUGCAUCCUAUGCCAAGGCAGGCACCACCUGGACACAGGAGAUUGUGGACAUGAUCCAAAAUGACGGAGAUGUGCAGAAGUGCCAACGGGCCAACACCUUUGACCGGCAUCCUUUCAUUGAGUGGACUCUACCCCCACCCUUCAACUCAGGUCUAGAUCUGGCCGAAAAAAUGCCUUCUCCUAGAACUAUGAAGACUCACCUUCCUGUUCAGUUGCUGCCACCUUCCUUCUGGAAAGAAAAUUCAAAGAUUAUCUAUGUGGCUAGAAAUGCAAAAGACACUGUGGUGUCCUACUACCAUUUCUCAAGAAUGGCUGCACUACUACCUAACCCUGGUACAUGGGAGGAGUUUGUUGAGGCAUUCAAAGCUGGUAAAGUGCUAUGGGGCUCCUGGUAUGACCAUGUGAAGGGAUGGUGGGAUGCAAAAGACCAGCACCGUAUUCUCUACAUCUUCUAUGAGGACAUGAAGGAGGACCCAAAGCGGGAAAUUCAGAAGAUUUUGAAGUUCUUGGAGAAAGAAAUACCAGAGGAAAUUCUGAAUAAAAUCAUCUAUCACACAUCCUUUGAUGUAAUGAAGCACAACCCAAUGGCCAACUACACCACUUUGCCUAUCAGCUUCCUGGACCACUCUAUCUCCCCUUUUAUGAGGAAAGGGAUGCCUGGGGACUGGAAGAGCCAUUUCACUGUGACCCAGAAUGAAGAAUUUGACAAGGACUACCAGAAGAAGAUGGCAGGGAGCACCCUGACCUUCCGCACAGAGAUCUGA